UCUUAAAAAGCCCAAACGACUACGGUUCCAAUUCACUGAAAACCCUAAUUCUAGCUCAGAUUCACACUCAUCACCAAGUAGCAGCAAUGGUAGGAUUCGAACUCGGUGCCGUGCCUUUCAAUCCCGACGGCUGGGGUCCGCCGGAUUCCGCCGCCGACGGUAAUUCCGUCCCCAAUAAUGUCCCCUUCGCCCCCUUCUCCCGCUCCGAAAAAUUAGGACGAAUCGCCGAUUGGACCCGGAACAUGAACAAUUCCGGCCGCCCCGGAUCCAAGCAAGGCUACCACAACGCCGAUUCCGCCUUCGAUUUCUCCGGCGACGACUCCUUCGCCACCCUCGCCGCCGACGAGGAUUCCUCCUUCCGCCUCGUCGACACAUCCGCCAAAUCGCACCACCACAACCCUAACCGCCCCAAAUUCAAUCCUAGGUGGCGAUUCAACCCUCACCACGCCCGCUCGCAGCUCCCGCAGCGCCGCGACGAGGAGCAGGAGGCGAAGAAGCGAGAGGCCGAGAAGGAGCGCGCGCGCCGCGAUCGUCUCUACAACGCUAAUCGCUCCCAGAUGCCGCAGCGCCGCGAGUCGUCGGUGUUCAAAUCCUCCGUCGAUAUCCAGCCUGAAUGGAACAUGCUCGAUCAAAUCCCUUUCUCCUCCUUCUCCAAGCUCUCCUAUUCCGUGCCGGAGCCUGAAGAUUUAUUGAUCUGCGGCGGAUUAGAGUUCUACGAUAGGUCUUACGAUCGGAUUACCCCGAAAAAUUCCCGUCCAUUGGAGCGUUUCAAGAGCCGGACCUUCUUCAAGGUCACAACCACCGAUGAUCCAGUAAUUAGGCGUUUGGCAAAUGAGGAUAAAGCGACGGUUUUCGCUACCGAUUCAAUUCUGUCGACACUAAUGUGCGCUCCUAGAUCGGUUUACUCAUGGGAUAUCGUCGUCCAGCGCGUCGGAAACAAGCUAUUCCUCGAUAAAAGAGACCGAUCGCAGCUCGAUUUGCUCGCUGUGCACGAGACGUCGCAGGAGCCACUGCCUGAUCUCAAGGAUGACAUCAAUUCUAUGCACUCAUUGAGCGUGGAAGCCGCUUACAUCAACCAGAACUUCUCACAGCAGGUUUUGCUUAGGGAUGGGAAAAAGGUGACUUUCGACGAGCCCAACCCCUUCGCUAACGAAGGCGAGGAAGUAGCUCCGGUCGCUUAUAGGUAUAGGAGGUGGAAGAUGGACAACGAAAUGUACCUCGUGUCUAGAUGUGAGGUGCAGAGCGUGGUUGAUAUAAACAAUCAGAGGUCGUUCUUGACAUUGAACGCGUUAAACGAGUUUGAUCCUAAGUACUCGGGUGUUGACUGGAGGCAGAAGCUGGAGACGCAGAGGGGCGCUGUGUUGGCGACUGAGUUGAAGAACAAUGCGAAUAAGUUGGCGAAAUGGACGACUCAGGCUCUGCUGGCUGGCGCCGAUAUGAUGAAGCUGGGGUAUGUUUCUAGGGUUCAUCCGAGGGAUCAUUUCAACCAUGUGAUAUUGGCAGUUGUGGGAUACAAGCCGAAGGAUUUUGCGACGCAAAUUAAUCUGAAUACUUCGAACAUGUGGGGGAUUGUUAAGAGUAUUGUGGACUUGUGUAUGAAGCUGAAGGAGGGCAAAUAUGUGCUUGUGAAGGAUCCAUCGAAGCCGCAGGUGCGGAUUUAUGAUGUGCCGCAGGAUGCUUUUGAUGACGAUUAUGUGGAGGAGCCGUUACCGGAGGAUGAGCAGGUGCAGCCUCCAGCUGAGGAUGGCGAUGGUGUUGAUGGAAAUGCUGCCACCGUUGAUGGUGCUGCUGAAGAUGAGGAAGUUGCUAAUGAAGUUGGUGCUGCUGCUUAAUGGUAACAAUGCUCCGGAUGAGUGUCAACGACAAAUGCUAUAUUGUUCAGCCUUGCACAUUACGCGAAGUUGAGAAAGCAGCACUGUGAAGCGAACGAAUGAGCUCUGGCAUUUUUGUUACUGCCCUUUGUUAGAUAGCUGUUUGACUACACUCUAAAACGUCUAGUACAAUAAUGUUUAACAUUAUGUGUGAUUUAAUUAUGUGCCUCUGUUUACUAA